GCGACCCACUUCACGACGAACACACGUGAGGAAGACUGAGCCAGUCCUACCCACUCGGCGAAACAACGAUGGAGAAAGGGUCUGCAAAUGGGUCAUCGGCGGUGAAGAAGAGUCCGAAAUCGUCGGCUAAGAAAUCGAGGGGACCGCCACAGAGCUCAGUUGAUACGUUUGCUGUGCAAUGUAAUGACUGUUUCAAGUGGAGGACAUUGGCAACAGAAGAAGAAUUCGAGGAGUAUAGAAGUAAGCAAAGUGAAGAUCCAUUUGUUUGCAGCAAACGUGAAGGAAUCGUCUGUGACAGUCCUGCUGAUAUCGAGUACGAUUCUUCUCGAACAUGGGUCAUGGACAAACCCAACAUCCCGAAAACCCCGAAAGGUUUUCAGAGAGUAAUUGUUCUGAGAAGAGACUACUCUAAAAUGGAUGUCCAAUAUGUGACUCCCGAUGGCACCCGAAUAAGAGCAGCUCCGGGAAUCAUUGCAUAUCUUAAAGAACACCCGGAAUACAACUAUGCAUCACCAUCGGAUUUCUGCUUUACGUCUCCGAAGGUAAUGAGCGAUACCAUUCCUGAACAUAUCGAGAGAAAAAACCCGGGUAGCAGCAUCAAGAAACCGAAAAAAUCGAGUUAAAGAUCGAGGGGUUCGUUCUGUUGUGUGUGUGUCUUCUUAAGGUUUUCAUUCGAAUGUUAGUAUGACCUAAAAUGAGGAUGGAUUCGUGUCUAUCGUUAUUUGUAUGUUAAGCGUCGUGUUUCAACUGUUAUGACGUCCGAUCAUGGGAUCGGAAUCCGUUGUAAAGUUGGUGUUUUAGUCGUAGUGAUGACUUGUUAGGAAGCAGGAAAACGAUAUAUGUAUUGAAGUCUGUUGAUUAUGAUGAUCUUUGCGACUAUAUUAUGAAUACAAUCGAGUUUUCUUUC